ACACACUGUAGAAGUAUGAGGGAAAAAAACUGUUUAGUGCACGCUGUCUCGUUUUAAGUAAGCUGUGAGGCUAUCAAACGCAUUUUCCAAAUCGAGUCUUAUUAACGCAAAAUGAAAAUGAAAAACUGUUUCGACGCCGCCCACAAGUGAAAGUGAAACCAAAAGUGAUCUUGCCACAAACUGCAACGAGAGCAGCUAAUGGUGAGAAGACUCAUAUCGUUUAUCUGUUUGUGUUGUUUAUCGCUUGUUUGCUUUAUUUAUACGCGCUAGAUGCUGCUGAAAACACUGUAAACCAAACAUUGUAAAGUCUGUUUGCUAGGUUGUAGGUUAGCGUUUUCAGUGGGUCACGCUAAGACACCAGCUUGCCCGUUAGCUAAAACCCCUCUAAAACCAGCUAAAAGACUAGCGUGAGCAGGCUUAGAAAAACAUUCUCGUGGUUUAUCUGAUUCAUUCUCAGUUUUAAGAUGUCCUCCAAGGCUCACUCCAUUUAUAGCACUGCAGCGGUGCAUUUCUGCCUGUUGUGCUGUGAUCUUGUCAUCUGGGCUUGUGUGUGGGCUACACUUCUGUGGAUGCGUGGAGAGGGCAGUCUGGAUCUACGGUGCCUUUGGACCCUCAGGGUCAUCAGCUGCGUUGUGCUUUAUUCACUGAGCACAAUCUUAACGGACGCCAGCUUUCAGCCUCUCCUGAAGCGAUGGAUAGUCCUACUGAGCUUCCUACCUCCAGUGUUUGACAGUAUGCAGACAAUGCUGCAUGGGACCGUGAGAGGCUUUAGUCCUGUUCCUGAUCCUGGCAUGGUGUUUCUGAGCUCUGCUACAUCUACUAUCAUAUAUAUUAUGUGGGAGAUGGCCUUCCCGCAUGGUGCAUCAUCUAAGGGUGCCAGAAACCAGAAGAAAGAAGAAGAGGCCAAAGCACUUCUAAUGAGGGUCAUUCGCUACUCCAGGCCUGAUUAUCUUCAUCUAGGGGCGGCCUUCUUCUUCCUCAGCCUGGCAGCGCUGUUUGAGACAUUCAUACCACACUGCAUUGGCAAAAUUAUUGACAUAUUAAGUGGAAAGUACCAGCACACCCAUUUCUUAUGGGCUAUUGGACUCAUGGCUUUGUGCUCACUUGGAAGCUCUAUGUUUAGUGGUAUGCGUGGCGGGAUGUUCAUGUGUAGCCUCAGUAGACUCAACAAGAGAAUACGAUACAUGCUGUUCGAGAAUCUCAUGAAGCAGGAGAUAAGCUUCUUUGAAGAAAACAAACCAGGUAGUCUAACAUCACGAUUGAUCUCUGACACUGAUAAAAUGGGACGUUCUGUGGCCAUGAAUGUGAAUGUGUUACUGCGGAGUUUGGUGAAGACAUGUGGCAUGCUGUUCUUUAUGUUGCGCCUAUCCUGGCAGUUAACCCUUCUUACAUGCAUUGAAAUGCCACUUCUUGCUUUCAUACAGAACUCAUACAACAACAUCUACCAGAAAACGGCCAAAGAGCUCCAGGACUGCGAUGCAGAGACUGCAGAGUUGGCAUCUUCUGUUAUUGGGUCGAUGAGGACUGUGCGCAGUUUUAAGGCGGAGCAUCAAGAGCUACAGCGUUAUGAACACACUCUCAACAGGAAGCUGCAGGUUUUGAGGCGCAAAGGCAUCUACAGUGCCAUCCAUCUUUUAAUACGCAGGUUUGUUACAGUCAGCUUGAAGGUAGCUAUGCUUUUCCAAGGCCGGAAUCUCAUCUCAUCUGGACAGCUUAGCAGCGGCAGCCUCCUUGCGUUUGUGUUCUAUCAGAAGGACAUGGUGACCAACAUGAAGCAUCUGGUAUACAUUUAUGGAGACAUGCUGAAUACUGUGGGAUCUGCAGUCAAGGUCUUCCAGCUGCUUGACAGGAAGCCACAGAUGAGAGAGGAAGGAGAUUUGGCCCCAGAGAAGCUUGAGGGAAGACUAACCUUUGAAAAGGUCACCUUUUCAUACCACUCCCGCCCUAACGAAAAAGCACUUAAGUCUGUUACACUGACCUUGAGUCCAGGGAAGCUGACGGCAUUGGUAGGACCUUCUGGUGGUGGGAAGACCUCUUGCGUCUGCUUGCUACAGAGGUUCUAUGAACCAAAGGAGGGUGAGGUUUUACUGGAUGGAGAACCUCUGCACCACUAUCAACACCAAUACUUGCAUGAAAAGGUAGCAAUGGUAUCCCAAGAUCCUGUGCUUUUUUCUGGCUCUGUGAGGUAUAAUAUUGAAUACGGUUUGAAAGACUGCACACUUGAAAGAGUAGAAGAAGCUGCUCGGAAAGCCAACGCUCACAACUUCAUAUGCAAUUUGGAACAAGGAUAUGACACAGAUGUUGGCGAGUGUGGUGGCCAGCUGUCUGCAGGGCAGAAGCAAUGCAUUGCAAUAGCCAGAGCUCUGAUAAGGAACCCACAGAUUCUUAUCUUGGACGAGGCCACCAGCCACAUGGACUACAGCACUCAAAAAGCGGUUCAAGAUGUGCUCAAUAACAUAAAGCAUCAGACAGUGCUGGUGAUAGCUCAUCGUUUGGAGACCGUAGAGAAAGCAGACCACAUUAUCUUCAUGGAGGGAGGUGAAGUCGUGGAGCAAGGAACACACCAGCAGCUCAUGGCUAAAGAAGGAAGAUACUAUCGGCUAAGAGAAAAGCUUUUCAAUCUGGAGACACAACCAGAGGACUAAAGUAUCAGAUAUUUUAAUGUAUUUUACAUUUUACAGAGACUCUAAUACACACUCACAGACCGUUCAUGCUGAUUUAACAAAACAUUCUAUAACUAAUUCAUUAUGGAUAAUGAAUGGGACACACAAAAAAAGCAAGGAUUUUUUUUAUCCUAAAAGUAAAACAAGUAUGGAAUAACUAUGGAAGCCUAUUUCCGUAAUUUAGUUUUUUAAUAUCUCACCUUUUUUUUCUUAAAAUCAUGUUGAUAUAAAUGAACUUUUUAUUUAGUGGCAUAUAUGGGCUUCCAUAAAUCCAUAAAACAUUUCUACAUCCUUUACAGUGUUCAAAAAUGUCUGUAA